AUGAGAAAACCUACCGCCGCCCAGUUGGCCCUUUUGAUGGCCUCCGUCGCCAGGGCUGCCGAAUCGACAUGUGCUAUCGACUGUUUCCAGGGCCUCAUCACAAAUGGUCCUCCUGAGGGCUGUAGGGAAGCCACGAACUACAUGUGUUUCUGCACCAUGCCUACGCUCCAGGAGAACUUUUCAAAGUGCGCCGACACGAGCUGCAGCAAAGAAAAGGAUGCUGCUAUGGGCUGGGCUAAUGAUCUUUGUGCUAAACUUGGAAAGCCCAUAGACCUUGGAUCUGGCGGUGACGCCCCCAAGACCGAUGCUACUACUGCAGUUGAUGCGCCCGCCACUACAGCCAGCGAGGUGAAGCCAACCACCGAGGCCGAGAAACCUACCACGGAAGCUGCGCAAACUACUGCAACCGGCGCUGUGAAGACCGAUUCCAAGGUCGAGGAAUCAGAAGUCGAGACUUCCGAUGUCAAGACUUCUGUGCCAUCCGAGACCUCUGAGGCGCCUGAAGCUUCUGAGACUUCCGGCGAGACUUCCGAGACUUGUACCACCGAAACAACCAUGACCAAGACCGAAACCACAUUGAUCAGCGAGGCCACAGCCGCGACGACUGAUAGCAACGGCUCUGUUGGUACUGUCACUGGAAGUGGCGAGGCUGCAACCGCAUCUGCGUCUUCAGACGCCGACGUCAACGCUGGAUCUAUCGCAGGUCCCGACUUUUUCGCUGCGGCCGGUAUUGUCGCUGCCGUUUGGCAAUUGCUGUAA